GCUUUUCCAGUCCUAACUGUAGCGUGCCUCUUAAAAAUCGAUCUGAAAUGUCCGAUCCUCGCCUUCGCCAGCUAACCAUCAAAACAGGUGUUGUGAAGCGCUUGUCCAAGGAAAAAGUUGUGUACGAAAAGGAAGUCGUUACGCAGCAGAACCGUAUCGACAAGCUGAAAGCAUCCGGUUCCGAUGACCAUGUGCUGCGAAAGCAGGAAGAAGUUCUGCAGGAAUCAAUGAUGAUGAUUCCGGACUGUCAGCGACGUUUGGCUAAAGCUUACGAGGAACUUUCAGAAAUGAUCAAAAACGAAGAGGAGCUUAAGGAAUCGGAUCAGUAUCAAGCAGCGGUUGCGGUGCUGGAUGACGCCAAAGUUAAUCUUCCGCAAAAGAUAACUGGAUAGAC